ACCAAUAAAUUUAUUCAUUCAAUAAAAAAUUGCCCCCUCACUCCUCCCUAAAGCCAGCCCUAUUUCCACCGCCUCUCACCCAUCCGCCGGUUAGCCCCACUUUCUUGCACCACGCGCCGCCGUGCUCUAAAACCCUAAUCAAUAUUUAAUCUUUUCGGGCCCCACACUAAGAUUCGUUGCAAUCUUAUACCCUUAACUAAGCACGUGCAUGGCACGUGUCUAGCACAGUAACCCUUUACAAGCAGAAUCGAAAAGGGUAAGCAGCUUUCGUAAUCCCCUACCUUAAACCCACCCAACCACCCACCCACCCGCCGCCGGCGCCAUGCAAGCCACAUUUCUAACCUCACGCGCCACCUUAUUCCCCACGACAGAACUAGUCGUCCCUCCUCCAAACGGCCGCCGAUGUCUCCGUAUAACUGCACAAUCCCAAGCAACGGUAACAGCUGACCCUCCCUCUCCGCCUACAAUAAAGCUCAACAAAUACAGCUCAAGAAUAACGGAACCAAAGUCACAAGGCGGGUCCCAGGCGAUGCUAUACGGCGUCGGAUUAUCCGAAGACGACAUGUCGAAACCCCAAGUGGGAAUUUCGUCGGUUUGGUAUGAGGGGAACACGUGCAACAUGCAUUUAUUGAAGCUAUCGGAGGAAGUGAAACGGGGCGUCGAGGAGGCUGGGAUGGUUGGGUUUAGAUUCAAUACGGUCGGAGUUAGCGAUGGGAUCUCGAUGGGGACGAGAGGGAUGUGCUAUAGUUUACAGUCAAGGGAUUUGAUUGCUGAUAGUAUUGAAACAGUUAUGAGUGCUCAGUGGUAUGAUGGGAAUAUCUCUAUUCCUGGUUGUGAUAAAAAUAUGCCAGGUACAAUUAUUGCAAUGGGGAGGCUCAAUCGGCCAAGUCUUAUGGUUUAUGGUGGAACUAUCAAGCCUGGUCAUUUUCAAGGCAAUACAUACGAUAUAAUAUCUGCCUUCCAGUGUUAUGGAGAGUAUGUAAGUGGAUCAAUAAGUGAUGAGCAGAGAAAAAACGUUGUCCGUAACUCAUGCCCUGGAGCAGGGGCUUGUGGGGGAAUGUAUACUGCAAAUACCAUGGCUUCUGCAAUUGAAGCUAUGGGGAUGUCUCUUCCUUACAGCUCUUCAAUACCUGCUGAAGACCCAUUGAAAUUGGAUGAAUGCCGUUUGGCUGGAAAGUAUCUGCUAGAAUUGUUGAAAAUGGAUUUAAAACCACGAGACAUUAUCACCCACAAAUCUUUACGGAAUGCAAUGGUUAUUGUCAUGGCUCUAGGUGGUUCAACCAAUGCUGUGUUACAUUUAAUUGCUAUAGCAAGGUCUGUUGGUCUUGAGUUGACUCUUGAUGAUUUCCAGAAGGUUAGCGAUGAGGUUCCAUUUCUGGCUGAUCUGAAGCCCAGUGGGAAAUAUGUCAUGGAAGAUGUGCAUAAGAUUGGAGGAACACCUGCUGUUAUGCAUUAUCUUUUGGAGCUUGGAUAUCUAGAUGGGGAUUGCAUGACUGUGACUGGGAAGACAUUGGCAGAAAAUGCACAAAGUUUCCCUCAUUUACCUGAGGGGCAGGAUAUCCUAAGACCGGUGUCAAAUCCUAUCAAGAAAACAGGGCACAUCCAAAUAUUAAGAGGGAAUCUUGCUCCAGAGGGUUCUGUAGCAAAAAUUACUGGAAAAGAAGGACUAUAUUUCUUUGGUCCUGCACUUGUCUUUGAAGGAGAGGAAGCUAUGCUAGCUGCUAUCUCAGAGAAUCCUAUGAGUUUUAAGGGAAAAGUAGUAGUCAUUAGAGGGGAGGGACCCAAGGGGGGCCCAGGCAUGCCUGAAAUGUUGACACCAACAAGUGCAAUAAUGGGAGCAGGUCUUGGGAAGGAUGUUGCAUUGCUCACGGAUGGUAGGUUUUCCGGUGGUUCACAUGGAUUCGUUGUAGGCCACAUAUGCCCUGAAGCACAGGAGGGUGGCCCCAUCGGUCUAAUUCAAAACGGGGACCUCAUCAGCAUUGAUGUUCAGAAGAGGGCGAUAAAUGUUCAGUUGACAGAUGACGAACUAAACGAGCGGAGAAAGAAGUGGACUCCACCUACCUACAAGGCUAACAGAGGAGUUUUGCAUAAGUACAUCAAGAAUGUGCAACCAGCUUCCAAGGGCUGUGUAACAGAUGAAUAGGCAGGCAGGCAAAUAGCCGAAAGCAGGCUGUUAAUUAUUAAAGAUUAUAGAGUGAAAACAGACGAGGUCUUUUGCAGGCAGCUUGGUCUUGGUUUCCACCUAGCUCUUCAACUUCCAGUUAGCUCCCUAUAUCAGCCAUUGAUUUUCAUUUUCCUUCCUCUCAUUCAGGGUUCGCUGCUUCUUUCUUAGACAAGUGUUUUGAUUUGUUUGUUUUCCUAAGCCUUGAAAAACAAUGUUAAUGGGAUUUGUAUCAUUGAGCAGUAGUUAAUAAACUCAUCCUCUGUAAUAUAAGUAUUUCAAAAAUCAGAGUGAACUGAAAACAUGCUUAAAUUUAAUGAAUGUGGGGGGUUUAACCUAAA